CUGCUUUAUUGUACGCUGGUGUAUGACCGCACCACUUUUGAGGCUGGGAGAAGUUUUCCCCGCUGCUGACGCAUCGGAAGGAUCUGGCUGCCGCACCAUCGCGUACAAGUUGGCGCUGUUGUAGCCGCCCGUGCUGUGCCGCCCGUGCUGUGCCGUCCGUGCUGUGCCGUCCGUGCUGUGCCGUCCGUGCUGUGCGCUGUAUGCAGGCGUAUUCGGAUAUGACCGGCGCCUCCUCUCCGUUCCAGGGCUCGCCCUCGCUUCUGCCGCCGGCGUCCGCUAUCCAGCAAUGUACGCGCUGCAGCCCCCGCAGUACAUGUACCAGUCACCGUACGUGUCGCAGAACCCGGCGCUGCUGGCCGGCCUCUCGGCCAGCGCGCUGAGCCCCAGCGCCGGCCAGCAGAUGUACGACUACCAGCCGUACGCGGCCAGCUUCCAGGCAGCGGCCGCCGCCGCCGCCGCCGCCGACCCUUACUCGUCACAGGUGGCAGCAGCGAACGCGUUUAUGCCGCAGUACGCUGGGUACCCGGUGCCCGUGAGCUCGGCUCUGGGGGCGCAGCAGAUCUCGCUGGCCAGCUCGCAGUACGCAGCGGCCGCCGCCGCCGCCGCCGCCGCGCAGGAGGCGCGCAUGCAGUGAUGCCGGCCAUCGCUAGAGGCGCUGGCAUCGCCGCCGGCCGCGGCGGUCCGGCCGGCGCGGCGGGGGCAGCGUCGCGCGGCGCGCCUCAGGGCAGGUGCCCCGGACCCGCCAGCGCCGCCAGCAAGACAUCGCCGACACAGGGCGGCUGCCCCGCACAUGGCGGCGCAGUGCCCCGCGGCGGCGGGGGCUAGCGUUUCCACGGCAACGGCCCAGUCGGCCGCUGGCCGCGGGACGAGUCAUCCUCUAGUAUAAGAUUCCCCUCACAGAUGUCGCCGCAGUGUCGGCAGCGUUUUGUUCGGCAACUCCGAAAUUUCCAUAGUCCUCUAUUGUUGGUGGUGUAGGCGUUACCAAUCCUGUUAAUUGUUAACGGAGGUCGCGACUGUGGUCAGUUAUACAAAAUACCGAGGGAUGCGGCACGGUCAAAAUAGGACAUUUAUUCCACUACUUUUUAGAGUCCAGUUUCUAAAGCCUUUGACUUCUCUUCAUGUACCGAUUCGCGCAGAUGCUUUGCUUUUUAGCUUCUUUUUCUACAUUGCUAUCUGUAUUUUUUAACUGUGAUGUUGUGGAGGGGCCUUGGCCCCUACCACCUGACCUGCAAGGUCAAGGCCACUGCUGACCUCAAGCACACCGUCAGGGCAAACGGGGCGGACAUUACAGCUUCCCCGCCAGGCAUUGUUCAUAAUGUUGAUAUACACACACACAUCUACGCGUAUGUUACGUGCCAGGCGAUGGCGGCGCGGGUACAGCGCAUGCGCAGUGCAGCGAUACCGCCGGAGGCAGCUCGGCCCGUCCGGAGUCGGGGCCUGCCUCGGCCACUGUUUAACGUUACCGAUCAUGUGUACUUGUUAGAGUAGGCAACUAGCGUUUAAGGCGGGCGACGCCGCGCGGCGUCCGGCGCGGCGGACGACGGCAGUCGGGCGCGCGCGAGAACGAAUGGCUGGGACAACAGCAAGCGAUGUACAUAGUUGCACACACACACGGUGAGACACGCGCGCCGGGACGCAGGCGGGCGUGCACCACGUUAGGCUAGACAUGAGGGGUGGCGAUGCGGCGCGGUCGGCACAGUCUUGGCCCGGCUCGCCGGACGUUCUAGUCAGGCCGACGGCGCCGCACGCGCCGCCGGCACCUAGAAGCCGCCUGCCGCUUGUUGACGCGACGAAACCGCUGCUCCAAACAGUGCCUUCGACAGCGUGGUGCCUUACAAGUGCCUGUUUUUACCGAGCGACUGCGGCCGUCGGCAGGCAGCGCUGUUUUCGCGUCCGGCGCGGUCAAAACACAUUUCCCAUUUCCAGCGCGCGCUGUUUUGAAUAUGUUUUCGGCCGGCGACGGUGCAUUGAUUCGACGCCGCCGGGCAAUGCACGCCUGUUCGGCUCUCAAAGCUGCAAUUACACGCCGUCUCCCAUGAAUAAUAGAGCCGGUGGUCGGCUAGACCGGCGUCCGGAAUCAGUGCGCGCCCAUCGACCGCUCGAAGCUCAACAAUAUUUGUGCACUGUGCCACUUUGGCCGGCGAUUGGCCGCCUCGUGCCCACUGUGCCACUUUGGCCGGCGAUUGGCCGGCCGCUCGGCCGCCUCGUGCCCACUGCGCGCCGCGCGUGGGGCGUCUUUCACGCAGACACCGCCGGGGCAGCGAAGGAGGGGUGCCGCCGGGCGCGGCGGGUCGCGCCCGGCGCCGGCACCAGCCGCACGCCACACCUGUGUUCUGUUGCUCAAUGCGAGACUGGCGCAGCUGUCUGGUGCAGGCGAGGCGAGGCGGGGCGUGCGGUGGCGCGGCGCCCGGCGGCGCUGACGCCUGCCGACCUUUGGCCUUUGUCCGGCGCCGGUGCAGCGCGGACCGUCCGGGAGGCCGCGCCGGUCCGGGCCGGUGCGGUGUCGGUCCGGUCGCCUCCGGUGUCCGUCGCUAAGUCCGGGCCCCCAGGUCACGUGGGAGGGACGCCUGGGACUCGAUAUCGUUUAUUGGGCGGCCCCCGGUGUCCGCUAGAUAGGUGACUGGUUCAGUGUAAGCAGACAGACAGGUUUAUGAUCUGUGUAAAAAUGUAGUAAAUUAAUAGGCAUCAAUAAACGGAGGAAAAAG